GGUAGCUGAGUCGUUGGCUGCGUCCUCAUCCUUCAAAGACCUUCUUUUUUUGAUACUUUCAACGCCCAGAAGUUGAGCAAUCCUUCAUUGAUCAGUUCCAAUGGCUUCCUUCUCCGGUCUUCUUUACCGGCCCCUCUCCGCCGUAGCCGUAGUCGCCGUCACAGCAGUCUCGUCCGCCCUCACUGAGCAUGGAUCCUCCCCGUUCCAAACCAAUCAGCUUUACUCUGUUGCUUCUGCUGCUGCCGCACCUUUCCCAAGCUCAUUUUUGGCUUCGAACAAGUACAAGCCCUCGUCUAAUGUGUCUGAAUCAACCUUUGCAUCUUCCCCUUUCCCCAUUCCCUUCCCUGCUGCCCUCUUUGCUCCUUAUCAGUAUGCCAAGCUGAGUAGCCUUCAGAAACAGGUCGAAUCCCCGCCAGCCAUUGCAUCUUCGCAAUCUGAUGUGUUGUAUCGGUGGCAUUUGCCUCACCCCACUGCUUAUGGGAUCAGCUGGAUGGACCAGUGCUCCAUUGCCAAGUCUCAGACCGUUGUGGUAUUGCUCGGGUGGCUCGGAGCGAGGCAGAAGCAUCUAAGGAGAUAUGCAGAUUGGUACACCUCCAGAGGGUUCCAUGUUGUGACUUUUACAUUCCCCAUGGCUGAUGUUAUCAACUACAAGGUCGGUGGGAAGGUUGAAAGGGAUGUUGAAGCAUUGGCCGAGCAUUUGGUGGAUUGGGUCUCAGAAGAGAAGGGAAAGAAGUUGGUUUUCCACACUUUUAGUAACACAGGAUGGUUGACAUAUGGAGUCUUACUUGAGAAGUUUAGGGAGCAGGAUUCUUCUGUAAUUGGGAAUAUCAAAGGUUGCAUUGUGGACUCUGCUCCUGUUGCAGCACCUGAUGCUCAGGUUUGGGCAUCAGGUUUUUCUGCUGCUCUUCUCAAAAAGCAAAGUGUAGCAACAAGGAGGAGCGAUACAAGACCAACUGUGUCAGGGUUAAACAUCAUAGAGUCUAGUAGUAAUCUUACUACCAGUCCCGAACCGACUGUCAUCGAGAGUGCCUUAUUACUCGUCUUGGAGAAGUUCUUCAAAGUCGUGUUGAACUCAUCUACCAUCAACAGGAGACUGUGUGCUGUCUUGGAUAUACUAACUUCAGAGCAACCAAAGUGCCCCCAAUUGUACAUAUACAGCUCGGCCGACCAAGUUAUUCCUGCAAAGUCGGUCGAGUCCUUCGUAGAAAGACAAAGGAGAGCUGGCCUAGAGGUCAGGGCAUGCGAUUUCUUGACAUCGCCUCAUGUCGAUCACUUCAGAAACAAUCCAGCCCUUUACAAUUCUCAACUUGCUAACUUUCUGGAUGACUGUGUUCUCACCUGUUGCAAAGGGUCCUCCUAAGAAAUUCUUUUAGGAUGAUUUUCUUCCUACAUUGGUGUCCUUCGAGCAAGGGAUAUAUA